AUGAGUGAAAUCAAUCCAAACAAUAAGAAGUUCUACAUUGCCAUCGCUUUUGGCAUCUUUGCACUCUUUCUCCUCCUCGUUGUUCCCUGCAUCGUGGCAAUGCUCGUCGCUCGCUAUCGCGAGAAACGCCAGGAACGUCGUGAUGCCCUCGCCCGCGAGCUGGAGGAAGGCCAAGGCGAUGACGCCGCCCUUCCUGUCCCUGAGGAUCCCAUCCUCGGCUAUCGCGUCGACGAGGAGGACCUCCCCGAGGCCUCUGAACAGCUCCAGAGCAAGCAAGACGACGCCGUCGCAGAGGCUCAGGGCUCUCAAGAGUCCGUCGACUCCAAGAAGAAAAGAUUCGACCUCGACGAAUGA